AUGAAAUUUAUUGAAAAGAUCAUCUCCGCCGUUAACGUUGGCAAAGAAAAGACGUCAGAAGCUAAUACUACAACUACAACUGCAACUGCAAGUGAAAACGGAAUUGGAAGAGAAAACGCAACUGCAAGUGAAAACGCAACUGCAAUUGCAAACGUAACUGCAAUUGCUGCUCCUAUUAGUAAUUCUAAUAAGGAAGAGGAAAGCUAUGACGAUGAACCUCCCGAAACAAUUAAAGAGCGUUUAUGGGGUUUGACGGAAAUGUUUCCUGAACCGUUACGAGAAUUUACCAGUGGGUUGCUAUGCGUGACGUCCAGAGUUAUCAUGCGUGUUUACAGAUCUGCAUGCAGUGCUUCUUGGAUUUGUUUUACAAGUUCUGUGAUACUUUUUGCUCCUGUUAUAUUUGAAACAGAGCGUGCUCAAGUAGAGGAAAUGCAAAAGAUGCAACAUAAACAGCUACUAUUAGGCUCUGGCGUAGGAGGUUUGCCAGGUGCGAACGAACCAACACCGCAAUUUGCAACAAGUGCAAAGAUGUCUUCAAAUUAA